UAUACGUUAUUCUACUUGUUCGAAAAAAUAUACGCGAAUCGUAUGCAUGAAUAAAGGAGAAAAUAAAAUUAGCUUAAUUUGGUCAGAUUUCUAAUCAAACACGAUAGAAAUGGAGAACGAAAUAUAUACAUUGAUAGAGAAAAAGUGAAAGGGGAUUAAAAAAACAAAGAUUCGUGCGUCUUUCUUCAAAGUCAGCUGAUUUCAGUCAAUGAGGGACCAGUGUUUCGUUUCAGUGUUUGUCUACUGGUCUGCUGGUCAGAUUUUUGUAUAAGUGUGCAAUGCGUGUAUGCAUGUGUAUGUAGUGCACGCAGAGGAAAACAUUACGCAGCUAGAACCCCGUUACAUUCGAAUCAUCGUACAUAUUAUGUUAAGGAUCAUUGUACCAGAGUGGACACGUGUUAGAAAGAUGAAAUUCACGUGGAUAAAUUGUUUUGCUUCUAAUUUCCUCGUAUAACAGGCCUAAUAAAACACGUAUGAGGAGAGAUCCAUUGAAAAAUCCCAUGUCUUUCUUAGACUAGAUUGUCAAACGUGGGAAUAAAAUGUCUUGGCUGGGAUGCAUUCCCUGGUCACAAGGGAUAAAAAAACGGGCCUGCAGAUAUCUCUUACAGAGAUAUCUUGGCCAAUUUUUGGAGGAAAAGCUGACAUUGGACCAGCUUACUGUAGAUCUUUACAAUGGAACUGGUCGUGUAACCAAUGUCAGCCUUGAUGUACAGGCAUUGAAUGAGAUGGGAGAGCAACAACAUCUUCCAUUAGAAUUUGUUGACGGUUUUGUAGCAGAAAUGUCUGUUAGCAUACCAUGGUCAGCUUUACUUAGCGAAGCUAGUUACGUGGAAGUAACUGGUCUAAGGUUAACAGUUCAGCCUAGACAAAGAACAGAAACAGGAACUUCGAUGUUUGAAUCUAUGUGGAGUUCCAUGACAUCUAGUAUGCAACUUGCACAAGAAUGCUUACAAGAAGAUGCAAAUAAUGCUGGAAAUUCACAGCCUUUGGAAGGAGUAGAAUUAUUUGCACAAACAAUAGAUUCGAUUUUAUGUAGAGUGAAAGUCAGAUUUAUAGAUACUGUAAUACGUUUGGAACAUGUGCCACUUGAUUCUUCAACAGGAGUUGCAAUAGAAAUGUGUAUAAAAAAUCUUGAAUAUUCAGAUGAAGCGGGCUUGGAUCCGAGCAAUACUUCGUUAGAUCCUAGUCAAUCGACAAAAGGAUAUAUUAUAUCAGCGUUCGCAACAAAACGAUUUUAUUUAGAGGGAGUGACUUUUCACACAGACGAAUUUCCAUCGCGUGCAAGAACUUUCUCUAGGAGUAUCAUUACAACAAGCAGAGGUUCAACACCAGAUUCCAAAAAUUCAGACGGUCAAUUUUCUUCUGCUCAAAUAUCUCCCAAUCAAAAUAUGCAAACUCCUCCAGAUGGGAAUUUUAUUAACAACUUAAGCGAAUCAAAACCUAUAAUAUUUGCCAAGUUAGCAGGCAGACAGGAAAUAAGGUUGAAAUUGAAACAAGGAGAGGGCGUUUCAGGGCCAAAGGUAGAAUUAGAAGUAACACUGGGAUCUUUUACUUCGUUUCUAAGCCCGCGGCAGGUACACGUUUUAUUGGAACUUGGGCACGGACUUGCAUCCCCAGAUUUGGAAGAUGUUAGUAACGUUGCACCAAGAACUUGCACCGAAAAACCUAUGGCUGGUAGCGAUUUCAAUCGUGUAGAACGAGAACUUAUCCAUCAAAUACAUCCGAAUCAAGGAUUACGUAUUAUGGAUCUAAGGCAUACACAAGGUUGGUCAACAGCAUCUUUGGAUGAAUCUGAUAAUGAAGAUGAAUUUUUACCGAUGCGAUUACCGGGAUCUACAUCGAUGAGUGAUUCAAUCACAAGCAAUAAUGUUAGCAUGGAUGGAAGUAUAUCAGCUAGUAGCAUUAGUUUAAAAAGUUCAUCAACAAAUUUACCGAAACAACAAAAACACAGACACAGUGUGGAUAACAGUAUGUCUGCAGAAACAUCUCAUUUUCACGUGAGAGUAUCAUCCAUAGCAGUUGUUCUAUUGCAUGAAGAUAUAUUGACUACAUGCGUGGAAGGGGGUGGCUUAACGUGUUCUAGUAUACAGCAAAUGAAGAAUUCGGCUGAAGAAUUUUUCAAACAGCUAGGAAUGUUUGCAGCUGGAGGAUACGGAAAUAAAGAUUUUGAUAAAGCAUCUAAAGUACUAUUGGAUGCUUGUCAUUUAAGUCACAUUAGGCUACUUGCUGCGCCGCUUGUCAUCGAAGGCAGAGAAAAAACUACUACGUUAUUGUCUUCGGUAUCUGGAACGUUAACUUUAGCUAGUCUAGAAAUUGUAGAAUGUUUAAUCGAUUCAAAUAGUACUUGUACAAACGGAACUCCGCCAACCGAAUACGUAGAAUUACUUACAUUUGCUAAAGAAGGUUCAACGAAUUUUGGUUUUACUAACAAAACAGACUUUAAAAUGAAAUUUAAACACGUGGUGUCUAUUGAAAAUACGCAUUACGUAGCGAAAUGUGCGCAUCCACGCACAAACAUUGACAUUGAUAUGGAACCGUGUAAAAGUGAGGUGGAUAUAACCAUUGUAGAUAGAAUAUGUGCUCUACUUAAUCCACAGCCUAUCUGCGUUUGUAAUCCAAUAUCUAACGAUAGAAAUCUUAAUCAGCAAACAUUGUUUUAUCAAGCUGUGGAAAGCCCCACUGUGUCAGAUUCCGCAGUUGUUAUAAAUGUAACUUCAUCUCAAUGUACAAUAAAAUUAAGGUUUCCAAUACCAGAUUUAAGACCGUUGCACGAUAUGAAUCGAGCCCCAUGGUGGAAAAGAUCAGUAAGACCAGACUAUAUGAUUUUGAAACUGACUGAUGCACAAAUUCGCUCUACUAUGAGGAAACUUUCUCCCUCCGUGAGAAACUUUACCAAGCACGAAAUUCAAUUCCGAAAAUUAUUAUUCUCCUAUGCAGAAACUGAGACAGACACACCGAUAAACAUAGGGAAAGUUACUACCGACGAGAAGAAUAAUGCAUCGUGCGAGCAAGUGAACGAAGGAUUCGGUUGGGCUAGAGUAGUUAUUACAAUUUAUUCGCAACGUAUGAGUGGUCAGUUGGAGGAUAGUUCGGAAGGAGAACCUGACUCAAGCUUGGAUGAAACUUUGGAAAAUGCGCCUAAACAUCAACCAUCGCCGUUCAGUUCGAAACGUAUUAUUCACGAGUCCGAUACACCUCAUUCCAGACCCUAUGCACCGGGCGACAAGGAUGAUUUAGAGCAAAGAGAGGGCGAAGAACUAAUCAUACCAGGUAGUCGAGAAGAAAUGAUGGAGUUUAUGGACGAUGGCUUCCAUAGUUCUAGGAUUCAAUUGGAAAUCAACUUUCCAUGUGUUUCCGUCCAAAUACCAUCUAAACGUCUCUAUGAACUGCUGUACAACAGAUUUAAUACCGAUCUUUUUUUAUGGGAACCUUCGGCACCAAGGCCAAAGUACAGUACGCACAUGGAAAGUCAUAUAGGUCUCGAUUUAGCGUCUACUUUGUUACAAGAAUCUGUAUAUCCUAGAUUUAGCACGUGUAAGAGUGGAAUACAGUAUGAUUCCGAUUCGGACUCGGACGAAGAGGGUAUAUUUCAUUCGGCUGCUGACAAGAGUUACAGACAACAUCAGAAUAAGAUAUCGAGAAAUGGUCAGAGUAAAUUAGCGCUAUUUUUGAAUAUAGAUCAAGGUCUUUUAUGCAUGUAUACUCCUGUUCGUGAUUCAAUGCGCAAUGUUAUUCCUGGACAACAAGGAGAACUGAUCAUCCGACUGGAGGAUGCAACAAUAUUUUCGGUAUCUUCGUACAGAGGAAAUUCAAAUUUGGGUUACGUUUGUGCUAUGAUUAAAUACGUGUCUUUGGAUCAUUGUGGAUUAAUGACGACUCCGUCGCAACCACCUUCAUUGAGACCUAUUAAUAGCGUUACUCCGCAACAUUGUAAACACGCUAUAUAUAAAAGUGAACCAUCUGCAACUGUAGCGGGAUUAAAUAACAAUUUCAAUGACAUGGUGAAGCUUGCUAUAAGAAUACAGGCUUCCCAUCAAACUCAUCGUAUCAAGACUUUCAGAGUAGCAGUAGGCAUAUCGAAUGCUACAUUAAGACACAGAAUGUGCAUCACCGGUACAUCAUGGUUCACGCAGUUAACAGAUUGUUUGGACGUAGCCGAUCAUCCAGUUGCCGGUUAUUCUCCACCAGGAAUUUUAACGGAAUUACAUCUACACCUUUGGGAUUGCGCAGUUGAUUAUAGGCCGCUUCAUCUACCACUAAGGUCAGUGGUUACCCUCGGAAACUUUAGCGUAUCUAGCAACAUUGCCGCACAAACGAACACUUCGACGUUACGUUUUAUAGCGGAAGAUAUUGCCUUAUUCAUAUCUAAUAAAAUAGGAAAACACGUUAAUCUAAAACAGGAUUACGUUUGCGUAAUGGAUGUAGGACUGUUUGAAUUGUCGUUAAGGCUGAACGAUAAAAUGUGCGGUGGAGCACCUAGAGUCGAUUUAAGGGCAAGCAAUAACGUUCUCCAUGUUCGAACGUGUUCAGAUUCUGGUCGAGCUCUUAUUCAAUUGCUAACUUAUUUCGCGAACGAUGGAGACCUGAUACCUAACACAGAAAACGCCGAAAGCAUGUGCACCGUACCGAGUUCCGGGGACGAGGAAAGUCUCCUCGGUGAUGAGAGUAUCAAUACUCUAAGCAAAAGUCAAGUUGAACGUGUAAAUACUUUGAUGGAGGAAGCGAUGGAAGAGACUGUGAAAGGAACGUCUUCGAACGUAGAUGGCAAUACAUUGACAACUGAGAAUCAGGUGGAAGUAUUUUUCUUUCCCGACGAGUCUCAUCCUGCUACGCAAACAGUACCUGAAAUGUGUAAAAGUCCUGAACAAUGUGCCAAGCCGGAAUGUAAUAUAGAGGUUGAGGAUCCUAACGAGGAUUUUUGUAUAUUAGGAGAAGAGGCGGGUACAGGAAUCAUGCCUAGACACGGGGUACCAGAAGUUCGUUGGCUUUGUCAAGAAUCUUUAAGGAUAAUCGAUAAUCAUUUCGCGGUUCCACUCGGUAAAACUGAUUUACUUAAAGCACCACGACAUUUCCCAGCUCCAAUUUUAAGGUACACCCUGUGCGAAAUGACACUGAUUUGGCACAUGUACGGAGGGAAAGAUUUCGAGAAACCGUCGCAAUCCGCAAUGAAAAAGCAAGUUGUUAUCAACGAUAAUGCGUACCGUUCAAACGCAACGGCUCAAGAAAAAAAUAGAUUAUGGUGCGAUGGAGUUACUUUCAAUAAAUCCAAUCCGAACGAGGUACAUUUUGAAAGUGUACCAAAUUCACCGCGAGGAAGAUGUAAAGAAAGUACCGAAUGGCAAGCGUUGGGAGGCCCUGGUCGCCGACACGACGUUCUCAUGGAACUUCAACUAAAUAAAGUACGCUUUCAACACGAAGUCUAUCCAGAGAACACUACCGAGGCAGCAAGACAAAUCUUACUAGUAAGCGAGAUAGAAAUUAGAGACAGAUUGGCGUCCUCGCACAUCAACAAAUUCUUAUAUCAGUACAGUAGCGAAGCGAGACCUAAACAAUCUCAUGCGAAUAUGUUUGCCAUGAAAGCAGUUCACGUGAGACCGGAUCCAAAAUUAAGUUCUCAGGAAUGUUGUUUAAAGCUCAGCCUACUGCCUUUACGUCUAAAUAUUGAUCAAGACAGCCUAUUGUUCUUGAUAGAGUUUUUCAACGAAUUGGGUGGUGGUUCAAAGCAAACUCAAGAGAAUUCUAGUACACCCAACAACCCUCAAUCAUCCCCUGUAUCCAAGCAAGGGACACCAACGCAUCAUCCACCUGUUAUGAGCGUGAAUGAUUCUGCGCCUAAUGCAUCAACGCCAACGAAUACUUCCCAAAGCGAUAAUAUAGAUCCAAAUUUAUUAAUACUUCUAGAAGAUGAAUUAAUGGUUAAAGAAAAUAAAGUGAAAACGAAACCGACCCAUGAGACCCACGAGGACUGUCAACCAAUAUAUUUUAGGAGCGUGAUAUUUUCUCCAGAAGUCCUUGUUAGAUUAGAUUAUCAUGGAAAGCGUGUAGAUCUCACUCAUGGACCAUUAGCAGGCCUUCUAAUGGGUCUGGCACAAUUGAAUUGUUCUGAGCUAAGACUGAAAAGGUUAACACAUCGACACGGACUUCUGGGAUUCGAUAAACUUAUAUCGUUUUUACUUUCUGAAUGGUUGCAAGACAUCAAGAAGAAUCAACUUCCAAGUUUACUUGGCGGUGUUGGUCCUAUGCAUUCAUUGGUACAAUUGUUUCAAGGUAUACGAGAUUUGUUUUGGUUACCCAUCGAGCAAUAUCAAAAAGAUGGUAGAAUCAUUAGGGGAUUGCAACGAGGCGCGAAUAGCUUUACUACGUCUACUGCAAUGGCAGCAUUGGAAUUAACUUCUAGAUUGAUUCACGCUAUACAAAGUACUGCUGAAACGGCUUAUGACAUGGUCAGUCCUGGUCCCAGUGUAAGACGUAAAAGUAAAGGACAGAAAGGUCGUCGAAAAAGAUACAGUCAGCCAUUGGAUAUUCGAGAAGGAAUGGCUAACGCUUAUAUGCUAGUAAAAGAGGGUUUGGGUGAAACCGCGAAUCAAUUAGUUCGUGUAGCCAGCGAAGAACACGAACAAAAAGGAGUCUCUGGUGCUGUAGGUGGUGUGUUAAGACAAAUACCGCCAACAGUCGUAAAGCCGAUUAUUUUGGCUACGGAAGCGACUAGUAACGUUUUAGGUGGAAUGCAAUCGCAGUUAGUUCCCGAUGCCAGACGGGAAGCAGCUCAAAAGUGGCGACAAGAUUCUAACGAUGCAAAUUAAAAUUGCUUUUCAAUCGAUCGUCGAUUUUUCUAUCGACCCUCGUGUGUAACAUAUAAAAACCAUGACGCGAAAUUUGAGAGAAGAAAGACGGAUGGAAUUUUUCAUUUAAUAUAAGAAAGAAAUCCACGUGUAAGAAAGAAGGUCAAUUGACUCGAAGACGCGUAAAGAAAUUACGAUAAAAUUUUAAACCUAAUCGCAUAAAUUUGAUGAAAAAAAAAAAAAAAGAAAAGGAAACGCAAUCAUUUCUAAACGAUAUAAUAUAUUCAUGUAACUAUAUCUUUCAGUUCCAUUGGUUUUGUUACAUAUUACAAAGAAAUCGAUCCGAUUUGUUAUAUUUAUAGUUUAUAAAUAAAAUAUAUAUACCGUAGUGAAACGUCGUUACUACAGCUUGUAUGUAUUUUUGUUCUAAUAAUGCGUAUGUUUUAUACCAAUGAUAUGUAUGUGACGAGUUUUUAUUAAUAAAAUUGUAACGCUUA